ACUAAAAUCUGUCACUGUUGAGAUGCUAGCUUAGGGUCAUGUGUCAGGGUGUGAGUCUCCGAAAGGGGUUGGUCUAACAUAGCCGAGUCAGAGAGACACUCACAGAGCCAGCACCGUUGAGAUCGCACGCAGCUCUCGAGUUCCGUCAGAGUUUCGUUGUCGAGACUCCGGCGGCCGCGAGCAAUGGAGCUCACAGUGAAAUUCCUCUGCGCGCUCGUCUUUUUUUUGGUCACGUUCUACUUCUCAGAGGUUCUGGUGCAAGCUCCAUCCCUAGACGACAAGUAUUGCCCCCCAGGGAAAUAUAGUGCCAAGACUGGUGUGUGCUGCAAUAUGUGUACGGCAGGGAAGUUUGUCAUAAGUGAGUGCACAUCCAGCGGUGAAGAUUCAGUUUGCGGUUCCUGCGUGGAGGGUGAAACGUUCACGGAAGAACAUAACCACUUAGCAGACUGCCACGAUUGCAGCUCCUGCAGUGAUGGUGAAGAGGAGGUGCUUCCUUGUAAAAGCACACGUAACACUGUUUGCCAAUGUAAGGAAGGCUAUUACAGAUCUACAUACUCAGAGAAGUGUGAAAAGACAAUGCCAGGACCAGGUUGGAUGGUCGUUGGUCUAAUUAUUACAUUGAUUUUGAUCAUUAUUUCUUUAAUUCUCUUAUUGUGUUAUUUUUAUCGAAAAUUGAGAGGCAAAGUUUCAAAUGGAAGGGGUUAUACAGGAGUCUCUCUGAUUGAUAUACUUUCCAAUGUUGGACACUGGACGUCUAGACAGAAACUGAUUUACAAGAACAGAAAAAUGCUGCAGAGCUGCAUUGGCAAAAACCCUCAACACCUCCUCGAUGAACUGGACAGCCAGGGGACCAUCUCUCACAGCGUCUACCGAGAGGUCCAGUGCACUCGCAACGGCUCUGACCGUGCGGCAAAUCUGAUCCAGAAAUUUCUGAACGACGGUGAGACGGCCUGCCAGAACCUCUUAGAUGCCCUCCACGCAACUGAAGACAAGUAUCCGAACCUUGCGGACUGGCUGGACUCCCUCGAACGUAAAUCCAUUGUGGUCGUUGAAGGAAGAAAUAUGCGUCUCGUCCGCAGAAAUAAACUUAAUCUGAAGCUGUGGAUCAGCGACGACCCAGACUCCCUCCUAGAGGAGCUGGAGAGAAAAUUGAUCAUUCGGAAGGAAGUCUCCGACGAGGCCAAAAAUCAGCACAAUUCUUUAGAAGCCACCGGGUUCCUACUCGACCACAUUGUUAGCUGUGGGGAGGAGAGGUGUCGGGAAUUCCUCGAUGUGCUUAAAACCAUACUCAAGUAUCCAAAAGUUAACAAAUGGAUGAGCAUCCUCGAAAUGAAGGCAGAUCUUUACAGAGAAGAGAAUAAUUUGCACCAAGUGGAGAAGGCGAGGAUCGUGGUCGUUGACGGCAAUGCGCUAUACAUGAUCCGUGGUAAAAAGCCUGAACUUAAGAAGUGGAUUGGCAGUGAGAGCUCCUCAUUUACUUUACUGGACAAGCUGAAGACAAGGCGACACAUCUCAGAGCACGUCCACUCUAAAGCCGCUGGGAUGGUCACAACGGAUCAAGCCGGAUUCCUGCUCGAUCACUUCAUCGAUGGAGGAGAGAGGAAGUGUCAUAGCCUGUUGGAGACACUCCAGGAGCUCAGAGAGCACUACCCACAAGUUGACAAGUGGCUGGAUUCACUUGAAAACAACUCGCAGAUCGUGGUUGUGAAAGAGGGGACGAGAGAGAUAAUCACCAGGAGCCACGAUGAUCUGAAACAGUGGAUCGCCAAGGACCCCUGGGUCCUGCUGGAUGAGCUGGACAGCAAGUGGUACAUCCAGCGGCACGUCUACAACACGGCCAGAGACAUCAAGGACAAGGGCGAGUGUGCCGCCUUCAUUCUCGAGCACUUCAUCAGCGGAGAUGAGGAAUACCAGAAGCUGCUGGUAGCUCUGAAAGCCGUGCAUCGACAUUACGAUGAUGCACUACGUACUUGGCUAAGCUCUCUAGGACUUACAAGGGAAACCAACAGCACCAAUCCCCCAGAAAAAAAAAUCGUGGUCGUGCCUGGGAACGCUGAGCACGUGAUCCGCGGCAAUAAGCCCGAUCUGAAGAAGUGGGUCGCUAGUGCUAGCUCCCCCUCUACUUUGCUGGACGAGUUGACGAGGAGGGGACACAUCGCAGGGCACGUCUAUUCCAAAGCCACGAGGAUGGCUGCAAUGGAACAGGCUGGCUUCCUGCUCGACCACUUCAUCGACGGAGGAGAGAGGAAGUGUCAAAGGUUGCUGGAGACACUCCAGGAGCUCAAGGACAAAUUCCCCGAGAUCAAGCAGUGGCUCAGCUCUCUCGAAAAUAAGGCAGCAAUUGUGAUUGUGGAGGAGGGAACGCGAGAGAGAAUCAUCACCAGCCGUGAGGAUCUAAAGAAGUGGAUCACCAAGGACCCUUGGGUCCUGCUGGACGAGCUGGACAGCAAGUGGUACAUCCAGCGGCAUGUCUACAACACGGCCAGAGACAUCAAGGACAAGGGCGAGUGCGCCGCCUUCAUACUCGAGCACUUCAUCAGCGGAGAGGAGGAAUUCCAGAAGCUGCUGGUAGCUCUGAAGGCCGUGCAGAAACAAUACGAUCAAGGGCUACGCAAGUGGCUAAAAGCGCUGGGGCUUCCAUUUUCACCAGGUUCUCCAAUUUCGCACGAUGAACCUCUGGCAAAUCCAGCAAGUUGUUAUCAUGAGCCUGCGUUUCAUUUUUAAUGACAAAGAAUCCUUCAAUAGCACUACAAUUACCCACUCGUUCACAAGACCCCAGUGAAGACCAAAAGAGAGUUUCCACGGCUGAUGAAUCAUCAUAAUUGAUCUGCGCAGCCAUGAUCUGCGCACUUGUAGGUGAAGGACUUUCCAAUCCAUAGCUACAUCUCAUGAUUUCGCAAUUCAACAACCCAUGAGGCUGACGCUUACGAGUUUAAUUCAUCAUUCCGUCUCCACCAUUAACUUCGACCGCUGACUAUCAUAUCUUUCCACAAAGGCUCCAUAUUCCAAGCGCACUUUAUUAACCCUCUCCAGGGCGCUACGGUGGCUGGGAGAUGUACCUCACCUUGUAUACAAUAGGUUGUUGGCUUUAUGGCGACCCUGACGCCUGUGUAAAACUAAAAACUACUUUUUGUUUUACCAGCUAAGGCCCACAGAGCUAUUUAUCUCUUUUUUUAGAAGCAACCUGGCUAUAACAAAUGAUGGCCCAACGAAAUGGUUUAUCACAUGAAGAUUUACAGCAGCCAAAAACUUUAAACGCAUGCUUAUUAAUGUGGAGGAGAGAGAAACAUUCAAACUCCAAAUAUACUGUAUAUACUGUAUAUUUUCAGUUUGUGUGUUCUCCCCGAGGUCUCGUGGAUUUUCCUCCGAGUCCUCCGGUUUUCCUCUCCACAUUUUGAAUCAACGUCACACGUUUAAAGUAUUUCGCUGCUUUACAGUUCCAUGUGAUAAUCUACUUCGUCGAGUGAUUAUUGGUGACCAGGUUGCUUCUAAAAAGAGCUGUACAGCUCAGUGGCACUUACCUGAUAUCAUACAUUUUUUAAAUAAAUAGUUACAUUUGUAUUACUUUGCACACCUUUCAAAUAUUGUUACAUUUCCAAGAUCAACCAUCCAUUUUUCUUAUCCAUAUGGCAAAGUAGGUAAUCUAUUAUAUAUUGUUGCCUCUAUUAUAACCUCCAACAGAUCAACAUAUUGUUUUGCAUUAAUGCUUUGUUUUCUCUAAACGUCCCCAGCAGAUGUACCGCGUAAAUAACGUGCAUUUGCAAUUAACGUCGUCAAUUUAAAGUCCUGAUCUUUAUUUGUCUUUACCGCAACAACGUACAGCCCACCUUUGUACUAGUAUGGAAAUUCAGACAAUGGACAGCAAUACCACCACUGCGAUUGGCUAUGCCGACGCCACGCAAACUCAAUCAUAUCGAGCUGUGACGUAACGUCACACUACAGUGAUGUAUGCUGGUUUGACUGAUAAAGUCUGCACGCAAUUGCCUUUGAAAUAAUUUGAUAAAGUUGCUUCUGUAUUCACAUUUCCAGAGGAAAUAAAUGUAAAACCAUGGAAAAGUAUUACACUGUGAUAUGCAUUAGGCUUCAGCCUAAUCGCAGGAGGCAAAACGAUACUUAAAUAAUUUUAAAAAUGUGCAGCAUGUUUUUUGUCAUCUUAGACUAAGGUGUAGUAGGGAAAUACAGUUCAGUUACCUCUAUCCCUGCAAGAGGGUGCCAGUGAGCUCGAAAGCUCUAAAUGUGGGAUUCCUGCGUUAACUGCAGAAGUUACAUAACGCACAGACAUUCUCAUGAGAUUUCAGUAGACAUUGACUUGCAAUUAUACUUUUAAAAUCGUUGUUUUAUGUAUACACUAGCUGUACUACCCGGCUUCGCCCGGGACUUGUAUCUACCACGGCCGGCCGCCUUUGUCUCCCCAGUGGCGAUGUUAAUACGCUACAGCAGUUACUCGUUUUGCGGCUGAGUCCCUCCCUCACCACUCUCCCUCCCUCAUCACUCUCCCUCCCUCACCACUCUCCCUCCCUCACCACUCACGCACGGCCGCCUUUGUCUCCCCAGUGGCGAUGUUAAUACGCCACACCAGUUACUCGUUUGAGGCUGAGUCGACCUAGGGGAGGUUCAAAUAAUCGUCACCGGUGGUGGCCGUGAGCGGGAAUGGAACUCGGUUCGCCGGGUUUGUAGCGCAGCGUAGCGUUAACCACUACACCCACCGCUCCUCACACACCACACACGCACAGACACACACACAGACACACACACACACAGACACACAGACAGCACGCUAACCACUACACUACCGCUCCCCACACACCACACACGCACACAGAGACACACACAGACACACAAAGAUACAAAGACAAAGUUCGCCCGUAUAGCCUGAACAGACUGUAGGGGCAAGUGCUGUUAGCGAACACCUAUGAAGGCCGGAACGGUACACGAGGGGGUGGGUGGCCAGCACCACGCCCGACCGCCUUUGUCUCCCUAGUGGCGAUGUUUACACACCGCACCAGGUACUCAUUUAAGGCUGAGUCGACCUAGGGGAGGCCCAGGACCGGUUCAGAUAAUCGUCACUGGUGUUAGCCGUGAGCGGGAAUCGAACCCGGGUCGCCAGGUUCAUAGCGCAGCGCGCUAACCGCUGCACUACCGCUCCCCACAACACAGCACAGACACACACACACAGACACACACACACAGACACAGACAGCACGCUAAGCACUACACUACCGUUCCCCCUACACAACACACGCGCGCGCGUCCAUAGGUACACAUACACGCGCUUGCUGCAGACACACACGACUUUCAGGGUGCGUACGGCAGUAAACGACUGAAAUAAUAAAGCGGCAAUGCUGCGCAAGGAACGCCUUAGACCUGCAACACAUUUGUGUAAUGCGAGCGUAAACACACAAACACAUACAAACACAUACACACACAUACAUGCAGACACACAGACAGACACAUAACACACAUACAUAUACACACAUACAUACACAGAAAGACAUACACACACAUACAUAGACACACACAUACAUACACACAAGCACAUGCACACACGUUCAUACGCACAUACAUACAGACACACAGACAUACACAUAAAGACAUAGAAAAAAACCCACAUACAUACACACACACAUACACACAAACACAUACAUACAUACACACAUACAUAGAGACACACAGACAUACACAUAAACACAUACACACAUACACAUGACCCGGCUUCGCCCGGGACUUGGAUCCACGAUGCCCGGCCGCCCAUUUGUCUCCCCAGUGACGAUGUUCACACACGACAGCAGUUACGCGUUUGAGGCUGAGUGGACCUAGGGGAGGGCCAGGUCCGUUUCAAAUAAUCGUCAGCGGUGGUGGGCGUGAGUUGGAAUCGAACUGGGGUCGCUCAAGCAGCAUAAUGACUAUUUGUACAAAGAACAUAUAAAGAAUCGAUUAUAAUAACCAGGCUACAGUCCACAUUAUAGACUGCCAGUACACGCAGUCAGCUUCAUAAGCAGGCUAGAGUGUACAUGAUAGAGUGGCAGUACGCUCACCGAGCUUAAUAAGCAGGCUACAGUGUACAUGAUAGACUGGCAGUACGCUGACCCAGCUUAGUGACUAUUUGUACAGUGAACAUUUAAGUAAUCGAUUGUUGGCGCGUUGGGUUUAAAAGUAAUAUUAAUUGCACACAUUGUGGUGGGGGUGGAGUGAAGAGUAGGAAAAACUUUGAUGAAUUUACCUCAGAGUGGCGUGGUGGGUGUCGAGGCCUAGUAGCGUGCAGAGCCUGCGGCCUCGCCAAAAUUGGCCACCCGGCAGAGGCAGGGUACGGGUGGCGUUCCUUCCCCCCCCCACCUCAGCGCGCCAACAAUACUGUGUAAUGGCUAUUAUUUAAUUAUUUACGGAGCCUAUGAAAGUGGCGAAGGCGUGGCUAGCCGUUGGCAGGGGCAACCGCCGUCCAAUGAAACUGCAGCCUUUGGCGAAGGCGUGGCUAGCCGUUGCCAGGUCCAAUGAAAGCGGCGAAGGCGUCGCUAGCCAUUGCCAGGGGCAACCGCCGUCCAAUGAAAGUGCGUAUGGUCCGAAAUCCACACACACACACACACAGACGGACAGACAGACAUUCACGAUUAUAUAUAUAGAAAACCGACAUUUUAUAACUUGGACACCUCUACAUUUUGGGGGAAUUAACAUUUUAACGUUAUUAUAUUUCAACGUAUGUGGCUAUAAAGGUUUGUACCUGGAGAUGUUAACGUUAGGUAAAUUCAACUAUGCGAUUUACGGUAUGUGUAUUUUGGGUGUAUUCUGUUGAAAGUGCGCCACUGAUGCCACUAUACAGAAUGUUCUGUGUGUAUGUGUGGUAAAUGCACAAUAUUUAAUGUUGACCAAUUCCAGCGUACGUGUAUUCUCAAAAUAACGUUGGCGGAUAUACCAUGCCCUGCAUAUAAUGGUAAUGUUUUGGUGACCACGAAUAUUUUUUAUGAAGAAAAUCACACUCUUGAUGUAAACACAUUCAACACCGCGCAAGACAAUAGUGAUGUGUUGCUUGCUGCAUCUUUACGUUACGCAGAACCAUAACGAAUCGGGUAAUCCCAUUGUAGUACUGCACUGCACAUUCGCUACUUGCAUUGCAUUGUAUGUUCCAAAAAUGCCUGUUUUUUGUAGUGGCAUCAGUACAGUGACCCUUCUCUAUUCGCGAGUUCUGGAUUCUUGAGUUUUGAUGAUUCGCAAGUUACUAAAUGUAUACUAAUUCCUAUUUGCGACUCGCCGGACUCCAGUAUUUACGAGCAUACGUAGUCAGACCACCGACACUGGGGAGGUGCGCGCAGAAUCUAGUGAAACUGCCAAGAUUAAAAACGUAACCCUCGCGGAUAGAAAGGGUUUUAUUGUACUAUAUUUUAUAAUGAAAUUCAAACAACAUUACAAGCUUUUUGGAAUAAACUAAUAUGUGGCCUAAACCAAAACUUACAUGGAUCAUGGUUUUUGUUGUGAAAAACACAUGUUUUAAAUCAACAUUACAAGCUAUAAAGCGGCAUUUGUGGAAAUUUCUGUUUGCAAGGAAAAUGUAUACACAGGGGCACCCAACCACUGAAUUAUCAUGGAGUU